AUGGAGUUUUUAACCUUUUCUCCAGAGAACCACUGCUUUUCAGAAUUACUCAACAGCAGCGAUGGGGAUGAAGAGGAAAUACUUGUCUGUGGAGAAGAUUUAGAGCUUAAUCCUUUUGAUGGCUUGCCUUACUCCUCCCGUUAUUAUAGGCUGAUGAAAGAGAGAGAAGAGCUUCCAAUAUGGAAAGAAAAAUGCACUUUCAUGGAAAGUUUGCUUCAUAAUCAAAUUGUGAUUGUGUCAGGAGAUGCUAAGACUGGCAAGAGUUCCCAGGUGCCUCAGUGGUGUGCUGAGCACUGCCUGGGCCUGCAGCCCCGCGGGGCCGUGGUGUGCACGCAGGUGCUGCGCCAGGCCGCCGUGGCGCUGGCCCUGCGCGCCGCUGACCAGAUGGACGUCAACCUCGGCCACGAGGUCGGCUACUCCGUGCCCUUCGAGAGCUGCUGCACGGCCGAAACCAUCCUGAGGUACUGCACGGAUGAGAUGCUCCAGAGGGAAAUGAUGUCCACUCCCCUUCUGAACAGCUAUAGUGUCAUUGUCUUGGACGAUGUGCAUGAAAGGACCGUGGCAACAGAUGCCCUGCUGGGCCUUCUGAAAGAUGUCUUGGCAGCCAGAGCAGAGCUGAGGCUGGUGCUCCUCACUGUCCCCCAGAUGUGCAGCGCCCUGCAGGGCUUCUGCGGCCGCGUCCCCGUGAUCCGAGUGCGGGGCAGGCACCGCGCCGAGGCCGUGUUCUCCUGCAGCGCCCACCAGGACCCCUUCUCUGCUGCUCUGAGGCUGCUCCUGGAGAUCCACCACACCAAGGAGAGGGGGGACAUCGUCGUCUUCCUGGCUUGUGAGCAAGAAAUUGAAAAAGCUUAUCAGAUGAUCAGGCAGGAACAAUCCAAUUUAAACCCUGACCUUGGAGAACUCAUCCCCAUCCCUUUAUACCCCACCAAACAAGACCUGACUCCCAAAGUAACUCAAGACAAGCAGAAAUGCUGCAGAAAAUACAGGAGGAAAGUACUGCUCACCACCAGCUCUGGAGAAUGUUUGAUCUGGACUAAAAACGUGACUUUUGUCAUCGAUGUUGGUGUGGAGAGAAGAAAGGUGUACAAUCCUAGAAUCAGAGCAGACUCUGUUCUAACCCAGCCUAUCAGCCAAAGUCAAGCAGAGGUGCAUAAACAAAUUCUGGGCAUGUCUCCAUCAGGGAAAAUCUUCUGCUUGUAUCCUGAAGAAUUUACAUAUAAGGAAAUGAAGCCACAAAUUCCAGCUAAAGUUCAGGAAUCCAACCUCACCAGCUUGGUCCUGUUCCUGAAGAGGAUGGACAUAGCAGGCUUUGCACACUGUGACUUCAUCAGCAGCCCAGCUCCUGAAAGCCUGAUGCAGGCUUUGGAAGAUCUGGAUUAUCUGGCAGCGCUGGACAACGAUGGAAACCUGUCUGAAUUUGGGAUUAUUAUGUCAGAAUUCCCCCUGGAUCCUCAGCUGUCCAAGUCACUGCUGGCUUCGUGUGAAUUUGAGUGUGUGGAUGAGAUGCUCACCAUUGCAGCCAUGGUCACAGCUCCCAGCUGCUUCCUGCACGCCCCUCCUGGCACAGAGGAGAUCGCUCGGAGCCGCUGGCGCCGCUUCUCCCACCCUGCAGGAGACCACUGCACCCUCAUCAGCAUCUUCAACGCCUUCAAGGCAGCCACUGCCAACCCCACACAGCCAGACUUCAGCACUGAGAAAUGGUGCCGUGAGUAUUUCCUGAGCUGCUCUGCUCUGAGCAUGGCAGGGAUGAUCAGAGCCGAGCUGGUGGAGAUCAUGAAGCGCAUUGAACUUCCCAUUUCAGAACCAGACUUUGGAUCAGAAGAAAAUCUACUAAGCAUUAAGAAAGCUCUUUUAUCUGGUUACUUCAUGCAUAUUGCUCGUGAUGUGGAUGGCUCAGGGAACUAUUUAAUGUUAACACACAAACAAGUGGCCCAGCUCCACCCCUUCUCAUCCUACUACAACAGCAGGAGGAUUCCAGAGUGGGUUUUAUUCCACGAGUUCAGCAUCUCAGAGGGCAAUUCCAUCAGAGUUGUCUCCGAGAUCUCCCCCCAUCUAUUUGCAGAGCUGGUACCUCAGUAUUAUUUCAGCAAUCUUCCUCCAAGUGAAAGCAAGGAUAUUCUGCAGGAAAUGAUCGAUCACUUGGCACCUGUUUCAGCCAAAAAGGAGGAACAGAAAAUUGCCAAUGACAGCAAAGAAAAUGAGGAAUUUCCCCAAACUCCCACUGAGCAGAGAUGUGUUAUUCAGUGAAUUUAGAAUGAACCAUCACAUAUUGGACAACAAUAAAUAAAAGCAAUAUAUCCAUAAUACAUCCCUGCUUUAAC